AUGACGCACGACCAGACAAGGCCAGGGCCCUCGGAGCCUUGGAUGUAUACUGGGAAGCGCACAUCACGAACUCCAGCAGCGACCUCCGGACCCUGCAGGAUCAAGUGCUGCGACAAGACGAGAGAGGCCCCCAAGGCAUUCAAGCUUCAGUUCACGGCAUCGGCGGAGGUCCAGACAGCGCAGGCGCAGUGGAACGGGGAGAUGGUGGGCACCAUCCACAAAGCUUUUUGUCAUGGCAUUCUUGCACAUGGAGGUCAGCACGAGCCAGGGGGUCCACCCGCGGGAGGUCCGGAGCCCGGAGCGGAGAGGCUCCUCGCCAAGCUAGGGAUGCAGAAGGGCCCCAAGGUGACCAGGACAUGGUAG